UUAUUUAUUUACAUGCCGACACACUCUUUAAUCAUUACAAAGUUCAAAUCAAAUCCCUCUCUCUCUAUCUCUCUCUUCGUCGUUUCGGUCGGUGUAAGUCCUGCCCUUUCCUUCGGCUUCAAUGGCUGACAGCAGAGACGGCGUCGAACCGGAGAAGCGGCGGUUGCUCAACAGCCACGAGGAGACCCACUUCACCGCCGGCGAUGUCGUCCGCGACAUAAUCAUCGGCGUCUCCGACGGCCUCACCGUCCCCUUCGCCCUCGCCGCCGGCCUCUCUGGUGCCAAUGCCACCUCCUCCAUCGUCCUCACCGCCGGUAUCGCCGAGGUCGCCGCCGGCGCCAUCUCCAUGGGCCUCGGCGGGUAUCUUGCAGCUAAAAGCGAGGCUGACCACUAUGUGAGAGAGCUCAAACGGGAACAGGACGAGAUUAUCUCCGUCCCCGAUACAGAGGCAGCAGAGGUGGCAGAGAUACUAGCACAGUUUGGGAUAGAGCCGCACGAGUAUGGACCAGUCGUCAGCGCCCUCAGGAAGAGGCCCCAAGCUUGGCUUGAUUUCAUGAUGAAGUUUGAGCUGGGAUUGGAGAAGCCGGACCCGAGGAGGGCCCUGCACAGUGCCCUGACUAUAGCGAUUGCGUACGUACUGGGGGGGAUGGUGCCCUUAGUUCCAUACAUGUUCAUACCCAGGGCAAGUGAAGCUGUGGUAGCAUCAGUCAUCCUAACGCUGGUGGCACUGUUGAUAUUCGGGUAUGCCAAGGGCUACUUCACUGGAGAUAAGCCCUUCAGGAGUGCCCUCCAGACGGCCCUUAUCGGUGCUGUUGCUUCCGCUGCUGCUUUUGGCAUGGCGAAGGCUGUUCAAUGAGGGGCGGGGGGGAAUGGGUGUGGGGGGCCAAGAGGGAUUUCUUUCUCAAGUUGAUUCUAUAAAACAAAUAAUUUGUAUUUUGUGUGGGACGUUUCCUUCACCAAUAUGCCUAAAACCAUUCUUAGAAAAGA